UAAACAAACUUUGAUACACAAUAUCUCUUUUGAUACGCCUAAACUGAAGGACAAAGCACUAUUUCCAGUUAUUAUUUAAAGGAAAACACCAAGCACUUAACACUGGAGUAUAAAUAUGGGUCUAGUACUGACACACAUGUUACAGUGCACCAAGCAUCACUCCAAGAUAACCACUUGUGUACUCACAGUCAUAGAAGCUGUUUACAUCAUAGAGCCAUAAAACGAUUGGAGCGCAGUUACAGUUGUAAGAAUGCGUUUUGCAAGUUGAGCAGCGUCCGCACUUCGGCCCUCUGCUCCUGGUCUCCUGGUUAGAGAGGAAGGGUUAAUCACUAACACCUUUUGGCACUUUACUGUAGUCGAACACAUAUUUGCCACUAGGAGGAGCCAACCACAGUUUCAGCUUAGAAAGACAUGACUUAAUACUGGAUUCUGGUCAUAAAAAAUUAAAGCAUAGAGAAAUAAUGCAAAAUCAACCAGUCAGCCAUUACAUUUAUGUUUUGGUGAAUCAAAAUACACUGUGUCUAUAACGUGUCUAUUAGUGGCAGUGCUGUCCUCACAUCAGAUUAGCAGGACCCAGCUCUUACAAUGCAGCUUUGUCGCAGGAACAGAUUACUACAUCAAGUGACCGGAGGUGUAGAAGUCCCGUUGCUCAGCUUUUUACCCCAGAUUUUCUUUGUACAUUUUCUUCGGACCACUUCCACGCACCUCAUCACUCUAAUGACACAGCUAGGACAGACCAAGCAGAAAUGACAGUGACUUACUCCCGUAGAGUGGCUGAUGCAGGUCUGGGCACGUUCUUCCACCUGCUCCUGCGCUGGAAGGGCAGCGUCUACAAACUACUGUACAGGGAGCUCAUCAUCUUCACCAUCCUCUACUACUUCUUCAGUGUGGUUUACAGAAAUUUACUCAGUAAAGACCAAAAGAGGCAGUUUGAAAAGCUGUCAAUAUACUGUGACCGCUACGCAGAGCUCAUCCCUGUGUCCUUUGUACUGGGUUUUUAUGUGACAUUGGUGGUGUCCCGUUGGUGGGGUCAGUAUGAGAGCAUCCCAUGGCCGGACAGAUUGGCAGCAUUAGUGGGGGCUCAUGUGCGUGGCACAGAUGAGAUGUCCAAACUGACUCGUCGUACUCUGAUGAGAUAUGCCAACCUGUCCGGUGUACUGACCUACCGCUCUGUCAGCACUGCUGUUUACAAGAGGUUUCCCACCAUGGAGCACCUCGUUCAGGCAGGUUUGAUGACCUCAGAGGAGCUGAGGCAUUUGGACGGCCUACCAUCGCCUCAUAACAAGUUCUGGGUUCCCUGUAUGUGGUUUGUUAAUCUGGCUCUGAGAGCUCGAACUGAAGGACGAAUAAACAAUGACGUUGCACUCACAGCCAUUCUCACAGAGUUGAAUAGUUUGCGAGGAAAGUGCAUGAAGCUGUAUGGUUACGACUGGAUCAGCCUGCCUCUUGUCUAUACACAGGUUGCAACAGUUGCAGUCUACAGUUUCUUUCUGGCGUGUCUCAUUGGUCGUCAAUUUUUGGAUCCAGCUCAAGGCUAUCCUGGACACGAUAUUGACUUUUACCUGCCCAUCUUCACUCUACUGCAGUUUUUCUUCUAUGUUGGUUGGCUCAAGGUGGCAGAGCAGCUCAUAAACCCUUUUGGUGAGGAUGAUGAUGACUUUGAAACCAAUUGGGUGGUAGAUCGAAAUUUGCAGGUGUCCUUGUUGUCCGUAGAUGAGAUGUAUGACAGUCUCCCAUUGGUUGAGAAAGACAUGUACUGGAAUGAAACAGAACCACAGCCUCCGUACACAGCUGCCAGCGCUGAACACCGCAAACCCUCUUUCAUGGGCUCAGCUUUGGAUAUUAGUGUUCCAAAGGAGGAGAUGGAAUUUCAGUCCAACCUUGAGCAGAUUAAGGAAAAUGAAGAGGCUAACUACUCCACUCCACUGUUGGGGGGGUUGGGUCGGCUGCUCGGAGUCCAGUCUCCCAAUUUCCCUCGCUCUUCUCGAGUGUCUCUUCUGCGCAGACGUCCUGGAGCUCCUUUGAGUCGCUUCCCCCUGUAUCUGCCCCCAGAGGCCCCUUCUAUCCCAGGCCAAGGUCGCCACCUCCUCAACCCAGAGUCUGACUUUGCCCUUUCUGCUUUGCCCCCAUUUGACAGAGCUGGUUUUUACAGCUGUCCUCAGACACCUAUCCACUGUGUACCCCCUGCUGUUCCCCGCCCUAGACCUACCAGAAGGGCUCAGAAUGAAUGGGAUCGUAGUUGUAGCUCUCUUGCACCUCCUGUAUUUGGCUCACAGCAAGUACCUCCAGACACACCAAACCAUGCUUUACAACCUCCUUCUUCUGCUUUUCCCUGGCUUGGAGGGGACGGUGAAGUACCAAGUGGUCCAGCCUUCUCCUUCCCCGAUCCUGCCCCAGAACUUAGCCCUAUAUCCAAAAUUAGACAUGGCUUAUUGUCUCGCAGACCACCGGCGAGAUUAACCUUAGACACUGCCACACCUGUGGAUAUCCAGACAGCCCCCUCCAGCGCCCGCACCACUGGUAGUGAAAGGGUGUUCUCAUUCACCCCUCCUUCACGCAGCACAAAUCCAAAUAAUCCAAGCAGUAGCACCACCAGCAUUAAUACAGCCAUCACCAACAGCGCGGGGACAACAGGGAGUCUCUGUAAUGGCACAAAUCACAGUAGUUUUAAUAACAGCUUUAACGGCAACAUGAGGGCAAGCAAUGGGGGUGCCAGUGGUGGCUUAAGUAAUAUUGUGAACACAGUUUCCAGUACACAGCAAGAAGCCAACCAACAAAACUCACCAAAUGAUUCAGGGAUCUCAUUGGCUGAGGGGGACUUGUUGGGAGUUUUAGUGGACAAUGAGUUGAGCAAAGCUGGGGCAAAGGAACAGGAAUAAGAGGCAGAGGCAGACUGUUCUUGUUUCAGAUAAAGUUUUCAAAAUAUCACAAACUUUCUGAGACGGCUGAAACAAAAGGCAGACAUGAGAAGUGUUUAACUAGAGUUAAUCACUUCCUGAUUAACUUGUCAAAAAGCACCUUACAAGGAUAAACCAGAGACAUGGAAACCAUUCUCCACAAAGUGUGCUGUGGCAGAAGGAAAAUGUACAUUUGAUACAAAUAUUUGCAUAAUUGAUGUAAAUGCCAAAUAACAGAGCUCUAGGUAUUUUUUGUGUAAUAUAAACAUAAUUGUGUACAGAUUAAAACAUGUCUUGUUGACUGUU